AUGUAUAGCAGACCCUUAUACUCCAGUACUGCGUACUAUACCAUCAAGCAUACUCUGUAUAAAGAGGUCCCAGGGCUUAGGGUUCAUCCGCACGUGACGCUGAGUCAUCCCCCACUCGAAUUUCGCACUUGGGCACUCAAACUUCAGACCGUUCGAUCUGUUGUGCAGCUCUCCUCCGUCGAACAGCUACAUCAGACAGUCAAAAUGGCUCCUACCAGAAAGAAGUGGUCCAAGGGCAAGGUCAAGGACAAGGCCCAGCACGCCGUCGUCCUCGAGAAGCAGACCGCUGAGCGUCUCAACAAGGAUGUCCAGUCCUACCGUCUGAUCACUGUCGCCACUCUGGUCGACCGUCUCAAGAUCAACGGCAGCUUGGCCCGCCAGGCCCUUGCUGACCUUGAGGAGAAGGGACAGAUCAAGAAGGUUGUUGGUCACUCCAAGAUGAACAUCUACACCCGCGCCGUCACCGCCGAGUAA